GUGUGAUGGCCAAGUCAUUGCAAGCUAUAGACUUCAAACAGACAGCUUGGAAAAGCUGCAACUAUUGCAGUAAUCAUUUUUUUAAGACACCAAAUUUAUUUCUAAAGCACUUGCGUGAGAAGCACUGCACGGUUGAAGGCGGCUCUUUUGUAUGCCAUUACGGCUAUAAUGGUGUCUGCUCAUCAUUACCAUUAGAUGGUGUCUCCGACAAAGAUUACGAAGCUCACGUCGAAAAGUAUCAUGUCAGUCAAUCCAUGAAGGAAGCAGAAGAAAAAUGGAACAUUUUCUCAGCAGCUCAGAAUCUUCCAGCUGUUCUUAAUGAUCCAUCAAGAGGACGUCAAUCAAAUCUCUUUACAAAAAAAUGGGGUGAUAGCUUUGUAGACCGACAACUUGUCCCACCAUCUUCGCUUCUGCCUCGAAUCGAUUGGACACAUCUGGAACUUUAUUGUAAGAAAAUCGGCAAACGAUUUCGAAGACACACAAGAUUAGGAAGUGUUGGAAGUACACAUGAUUUUAAAGCACCAACAUCGAGUUCCAUUUCACCAUCAAGUUCAAUUUCUAGUCUACAAAUUAUCGACACGUCAAAUUUAAGAACAAUUAAUGAAAAUGUGCUGAAUGAGACGACGAUUCGAGACAUUCCUCAAGUCUUUCUUAAACAAGAUUUAGAUUUCAGUCAACCAGAAACUUUCGCUUUAGUCUUUCUCGGUUUGGACAUCAAUUCUGAUGAUGAUCAUCAGGAGUUGCAAGACAAGUUGAGUCACUACCUUGACAUCGUUGAGAUUCAAAUUUCUAAACAGAUAUCACAAAAAUCGUCAUCAUUUUUUCAUGCUAUGACAUCGCAAGAUACAAUCAUGGAAGAGAUGUCAAAAGCUGUUAGAAAUGUUCGAAAGCUUCGAGAGAAACUUUGUUUGAUUGAUAAUACACUCGUUCGUCAAUCACUCAACAUCAUAAGUUGUGAAAGGAUUAAAACAAAUAAACAAAUGGUGCUUGAAAAGCUUCGAUUAAUGGCGACAGUUCACCAAACACAACCAAUGAUUCAAGUUCUUCUUGGUACACAAGAUUAUGUUGCAGCUUUGGAUCUCAUCAGCACAACACAAGAAAUUCUUGCUCAAGAGUUGAGUGGAAUUCAUUGCUUUCGUCAUUUGCCACAUCAAUUGAAGGAGCUUGAAAAACUUAUCGAUAAAAUGUUAACAACUGACUUUGAAAAGUACACAACAUCGGAUCUUAAUCGUCCAUUAAUUGAAGACGAUUAUCGAGUUCUUGACGAAGAUAAAAUUGUUUCCAUAAUUAGUGGACUUUUAAGAAAGAAAAAUUUCACAUUUAUUGACUCUUACAAAGACGAAGCAAUCACAACAAUAAGAGCCUUAAUUAAACAACUUGUGAUUGAAGUUAUUGCUUCAUCUGAUGUUGAGAUUUGCUUGACUGGGUCAGGCGAAGAAGCUCAAAGUUUGUCACUACAGGAAUGGAUUUUAUUGCUUGAAGCUGCUACUGCAUCUCUCAUUAAACUCUUAAAACGUGUUCGACUCAUUCACGAUGUUAUGCUUCAUGUUGCUGAUUCAAGUGCUGGAAGAAAUAUUGAAGGUGACAAUGUCAGUUAUUUAAGUGACAGUGAAACAUUUCUCACCAUUACCGACCAUAAUUAUAUCGAAAAUAAACUCACAAAUCUUCUUCAAUCUGUUGGAAAUUAUUGUCAUGAAAGAUGUGCAAAUCUUGUGUCCAAUCAAAGUCUUGAACAAUAUUCAGGAACAUUAGAAGAAAUGGAAAAAUUAUCGCAGAUUGUUGAAGAAUUUUGUAGUAGUUGUGAAGAAGUGAUUGGAAUUAAAUCGAUUCCAUUAAUGACAGCUUUCAAAGCUCAAGGCACGAGGUUUAGUCAGAAAUUUCAUUCGGAAAGGAAAUCAAAGUUGAGUUUGUUGUUGGACAAUGAACGAUGGAAGCCAGCAGAAGUUCCUGGCGAGUUCCAAAAGAUGGUCAAUUAUAUAGCAAAGGGAAGUUUCAUGUGGACAAAGAUUGAAGAUAAUCAAGCAAAUGAACCGUCGAUAGCUGCACCAAUGUUGAUGGUUGGUGAUGAACCUUUUGCUUUAGUUGGAGCUGCUUUGAUUCUCGUACAAAUUGUCUCCGAAUAUUGUCGAUGUUCGUCACAUUUGCCAAUUAUUGCUGUACAAAUGGGACGAAAUGUUAUUGAUUUAUUACGAACAUUCAAUUCAAGAUGUUGUCAACUUGUGCUUGGUGCUGGUGCCGUUCAUGUUGCUGGUCUCAAAAUGAUUACAAUCAGUAAUCUUGCGCUUGUAUCUCGUGCACUUCAACUCGUUCUUUGGCUCAUUCCGCAUGUGAAAAAUCAUUUUAAUAAUCUCGUUGCAAAUGGAAAUGCUGGAAGUUUAUCAGGAUGGGCAACAGUGGAAAAAGAUUUUCUGAGUCAUAUCAAAGAAAUCGAAAACAAAAUGUUGAUGAUUGUCGGUCAAUUAGUGAAUCAACAGUUGCUGAAUUGGGAUGCACGUCCACCGAUUCCAUCACAAAGUUUUCGAAACAUUUCCCGUCAUUUUGUGAAGCUUCAUGAGGCGAUUGCUCAGGUGUUGCCGUCUGAUCAGAUUCAUUGUGUCUUUAGAACUGUUCAUAAAAAUUUCAAAGACAAACUUCGAGAACAGUUGUUGAGGAAUAAUAUCAUUAACAAUGGCACGCCACAACAUGGCACGGUCAUAUCAGAGUUGACGUUUUACUUAGAGACACUCAGAACAUUGAAAGCGAUGCCAGUUGAUGAGCUCAGCGAUGAAACGAUGGACGAUAUUUGGAUAAAAUAAUUUUUUCUGUUCAUUCAAAAUGAUUUUCGAUACUUUUUAAUCAACAAAUCUAAACAUUCCUUGAAUAUGAAGACGAGAAGAAAAUUUUUCUUAAACAUUAUUUGGAUGAAAAAAAGGUUCUGUGACGAUUUAAUUUAAUUAACAGCUGUUUCAUCAGCACUGCGUUGUGUUGUUUUAAAAAUUGUUUUAUUGCGACAAUUGGUGCCAAAGUGUAGUCGUUUCGUUUAAGUAGCACAUUUUUAAUAAAAAAAAGGUCGAUCAUGUUCACUUUUAUUUUUCUUUCUAAUUAAUUGGAAAACUUAAAGAUUUCCAUUUGCAACAUUUUCUUAAAAAGACGAAAGUUCAAGUCGUACUUAUUACGAUUUAUUAAUUCAAUUCUUUUAAUUGUCAUUAGUUGUUAAUUGAAUUAGUUUCUAAGGCUUAACUUAUUAUGUUGAUUAAACAAAAAUUUUGAAAUCGCAGUCAGAAAGAAAAUGAAGCAUUUGUGGUGCAAUUUACCGAACGAUUUUUUCAUGUCGAUGAACAUAAAAUUUGUAGUUAAAAUUAUUACCCAUUUUGAAGAAAUCUCUUUGAAAUUUUUGGAAUAUUUGUGAAUGGUGAAUCGAAUAAAGUUACGCAA